AUGUGCAAAACACAUUUCUCGAAACUUAAAACAUUUUAUAUUUUAGACGUUGUUGUUGGCCGAGAUGGCGGUCCAGAGGGGUUAACAGUUAUGGUUGACUAUUAUACAGAGGAUGGAACAGCCAACGCGGGAAGUGAUUAUAAACCUGCUAAAGGAACUUUAACGUUUUAUCCUGAGGAUAGGCACUGCAAAAUACCUAUUGAAAUUGUGGAUGACGAUGUUUUCGAAGAAGACGAACACUUUUAUUUGCAUUUAACAAAUUUGAGAGUUCGUACACGUGAUGGCCUUAUUUUGGACCCUACAAGGUUAGGAGGUGUUCCUCUGGCUCUGCUGGAAAUGCCUACUACCGCAACAAUUAUGAUUCUUGAUGAUGACCAUGCUGGUGUAUUUUCAUUUGAAUACGAUCACUUUCAAGUUGUUGAAAAUUGUGGACAUAUAACUCUCAGGGUGCAAAGGACAAGUGGAUGUAGGGGUCAAGUCUUACUGCCUUACAAAACUUACGACGGGUCUGCUACCACCGGUAAACAUUAUGAAGCUAAAGAAAGCGGAGAAAUCCUUUUUGAGGAUAAUCAAACUGAGGCCUUUAUUGAUAUUGGAAUUGUUGAUACCGAACAAUACGAACGCUCAGAUUUUUUCUAUUUGGAAUUGUCACCGCCUGUUUGGACUAAAAAGAUGUCCGGUAAGCAAAUUACCUAUUUUCUUUUUGUAUUUUAUUAG